AUGGUGGCUUCGGCCGGUGGAGCGGAAGCGGCGAAGGGUGGGCGGCACGCGGCGGAGCUCGGCGGCGGCACGGGUGAAGCGGCGCUCAAGGGCGGCGGCGCGGCGUGCGGCCGGAGAAGACGAACAGAGGCAUUCAACUUGUCAUUCAUGGAAUACAUGGAAAAUUAUCAGUACGAAAAUCUCUUGGCUCAAAGCAACAAAAUUGACUGUAAACCAAAUGCCUCCCUCUUCAAUGAACGUGAAGGAGAAGAACUGAAAUUGCCUUUAUUUGAUUUGUUUACAAUUGAAAGUGCUACUGAUUGCUUCUCUAUCAAUAACAAACUUGGAGAGGGUGGGUUUGGCCCUGUUUAUAAGCUAGGUCAGUUGGAAGAUGGACAGGAGGUUGCAGUCAAGAGAUUGUCCAUGUAUUCUGUGCAGGGUCUAGAUCAGUUCAAAAAUGAGGUCGUGUUAAUUGCUAAACUGCAGCACAGAAAUCUUGUUCGGCUUCUUGGUUGCUGCAUCCAAGGAGAAGAAAGACUGUUGAUCUAUCAGUACAUGCAAAACAAGAGCUCGGAUUCCUUCAUCUUUGAUAAAAUGAAAGGUGCAAUGCUGAAUUGGCAAAAAUGUCUUGACAUUAUCAUAGGUGUUGCUCGAAGACUUCUUUACUUUCAUCAAGACUCAAGGUUAAAAAUAAUACAUAGGGACCCCAAAGCUAGCAAUGUUUUGCUCGAUAUGGACAUGACUCCAAAAAUUUCAGACUUUGGCAUAGCAAGAAUUUUCCAAGGAGAUCAAAAUCAAGAAAAUACAUGGAAACUGGUUGGGACAUUUGGGUAUAUGUCGCCAGAGUAUGCGAUGGAUGGUAUCUUUUCAAUAAAAUCUGAUGUUUUUAGCUUUAGCAUACUAAUAUUAGAGAUCUUAAGUGAAGAGAGUGAAGAUAGAGCAACCAUGGCAGAGGUGGUUAUGAUGUUGAGCAAUGAAAGCGUGGCACUACCGCAACCUAAAUGGCCUAGUUUCUGCAUAGCAAGGACUCUAAUGGAUAGAGAUUCAUCUUUCACUGAGGAACACUCAGUUACAGCUAAUGAGAUCAUGGUUACAAUUCUUGAAGAAAUGGGUUUCGGUCCGGAUGAAGUCGAAUCUAGUUUGUCGGGGGAGGAGCUGGAGUUGAUCCGCUCCCGGUUCUUUUUCCAGCCCGGGUUUCGUCUCAAAACUACAGGGCCGGAGGACAGGCAUGUUCACGAGGUCGACACCUUGGUAUUCAUCGCCCAAGGAUGUCAAGAAGAGACUCGGCGACUCAGCCGGCAGCUGGAGCCGGCCCAAAAGAGGGUCGCCGAGCUGGAGGUCGCGCUGGCCGAGGCCGAAGCGCGAAGGGAGGCGACGGAGGCUGGGAGGCUGGCCAUCGUUGAGGAGCUCGAGGAGGAAAGGGCUGCUCACUCGUUGGCCAAGUCGGCCUUGCGUGCUUCAGAGGUGCGCCUGGCGGAGACCCAAUCCGAGGUGGCGGGUCUCAAGUACGAGGGCGGAGUCCUGCGCCUAAAGAUCGGGAAACUCGAGGCCCGAGAGAAGAGGGCGCUCGAGCGGGCCGAGCACGCCGUGGACUUCUUCAAAGACUCGGACGAAUUCCGUGAUAUGCUCGAGGAGGAGACCGUGGAUGGGUUCCUCCACGGUUUUGACAACUUCCGGAGGCAAAUGGCUCGGUACUGCCCCCAGCUCGACCUCUCGACAAUUCGUCCGAGGAUGGGGUUGAGCGCUGACUCUGACGACGACGUUUCCGCAGCUCUCGCGUCCGAGGAGGAGUCCGCCGAGACCGAGGCGGACGCAGCCGCGCCAGCGGGGAUGGAGGCUCCCUGCGGGGGAAUCACCGAGGACGCUCCUGAGGCGCCUGCCGAGGUCCCCGUCGCAAGCUCCGAGCCCGCGCUCACCGAAGGCCCUCAGGUCAUCGCCAUAGAUGACCCUGGAAGUGACGCCGGCGGGACCGCUGCCCCUUAG